ACACCGAAAUCUUCCGUCGUUCAAAUAGGAAGAAGAGCGAGCGAGCAGUCCUUUUCUCUCUCUCUUUUCAUAUUUCGUCAAAAUUUCCAGUCAUCUUUCUUCCGCGGAUAUGGGUUUCAUAUUUUCGACAUAAUUCAAUCCGGUGGGUGGUGGGAGAUUACAUAAGAAAAGAGGUGUUGAAGUGAACUUCAACCUAGAAUAAACACUGGAACAAGCGUUUAAUAGCACGAAGACUACUAUAUAACAAGGAAACAAUUUUACAAGAACUGAGCAACCUACAGCGCUAGGCGCACCAUUGGACAAUAUGUCCAACCUUCAUUUUGUUGUUCACCCUUUACCUGGGACAGAUGAACAACUUGCAGAAAAAUUUCGAGAACUGGGUGAGAGGAUAAACCGAUAUGGGUUGACUUCUCCUACUGUUUUGUCAGUUCUGAGGAAUGGACCCCCCGUUCAACAAAUUGCUGUGGGCCCGGCUCAUACAGCAUUUUUGUUGGAAGAUGGCCGGAUUGGAAGGGUGGCAUUCUCAGUCAUAUCUGAUCGUUUAGAUCUGAGUCGGCAAGAUAAUGUUAAAACAUCAAGUAAGCCAUUUAACAACAAUUCAGCACUGAAGCAAACAAGACAACGAGGGAGAAUUAGAACUGCUACCCUUCGGGGUGGACGUGGAACAGGAGUAAUUAUGGGCUCAUCAAGACCAGUUGUUCCAGCUCAGUAUGUUCCAGAAGAACUCGUUUCCCAGGCUCAAGUGGUUCUUCAAGGAAAGUCACGAAGUGUUAUCAUUAGAGAAUUACAACGUACGAAUCUCGACGUAAAUUUAGCUGUGAAUAAUCUGCUUUCUCGUGACGAUGAAGAAGGGGAUGAUGGGGAAGAUUCUCAGGAUUCGUAUGUUUCCGAGGAUUUAAUGUCAUUGUUGGAUGGCGGGAUAAGUGGAGCAGCAGAUCCAGUUAUGCUAUCAGAUGCUGUGGACGCUGUUUUCCCUGAAGAUAUGUUUGCAUAUUCUACAUUAAGAAAUCGAACGUCUAGUGCAGCUCGAACUAUUCGACAGUCUGCUGAAAGAGCAGGAGGCAGCGAAACUGCAGCAGAUAGGGACAGCUUUUCACGUUGGCGUGAUCGGCAGUAUUUUGGACCACGGAGAUGGCUUGAAAAUGCAUUGAGGGAGCCUUGGAACAAUAGUUCAGACGGAGGAGAGCCUAGCAAUAAGGCUUCAAAAUCUCAGAAUUCCGGACCAAUUGCUUCUGGAAGUAGCUCAAACCCGGUGUCAAUGAACUACAAUAGUCCAAUUUGGCUGUCUGAUGAGAUCGAAUAUUGGCCGGACCCAUCACGAGGUCUCAAGUUUACAUCAAUUUCUGCUAUGCACAGUGAGCUUAUUGCAAUUGGCAGUAAUGGGCAAAUAUAUCAGUGGAAGUGGAUUGACAUUGAGCCCUACCGGCAUCCUGAUAAUCCUCAGAUAACUCAUCCGCGUUUAAUCAGCCUGGGUCUUCAAAACGAAAAGGUGACUUGCAUUUCAUCCUCUAUUAUACGAUGUUCACUCGCCACAGAAUCUGGAAAAGUUGUGACGUUGAUGGACGAAUCAGUUGCACACGUGGCUUCCGCACGACUAGAACACAGCUCAACUUCAUUCCAAGACGCAUUUCCGGGUCAAAAAAUUGUACAGCUUUAUACAUGCAGUUUGUACACCCUUGCACGUACGGAUACCAACCAAAUAUUUUGGUGGGGUGUUCUCCCUUCCAACCAAAGGAAGAAACUGUGGGACAAGUACAGGACCAAGACGAAACGCCAAACACGGACUGGAAACUCGAGUAGCGCAGCAGCAUCUCAUAACAGUGAGAUAGUUGUUGGUUCACAAGUCUUAAUGCGUGUGGCUCCAAUGUAUCAAUCUGGUUCGAUUGGAUUUACUGUGUCUGGGGGGAUACCAAAAGUUGGACAACUAUUAAAUUCUGCAUGGAAUUUGACUGAUAAAUGCCGAUUUAAGGUUUUACCUGGCCCACCUCCGGCUGAAAUUAAGAAAACUGAACCGCGUCCUUCAGAUGCAAUGCCCCCACCACCUUCACCUGCCAGUUCUACUUGUUCUGACACGACCGUUCCAUCAACUUCGCAAAAGAGGGCCAAGAAAACGCCGUCUUUGAAAGACGGGAACGAAAAGAAGGACGAAGAAGAAUGGAAUUUGAAGGAGGUAGUAUUUGUAGAAGAUUCCAAGAAUAUUCCCAUUGGACGGGUUCUCAAAAUAGACGGAGGUUUCGCCGUCAUAAAAUUUACUCCUUUGAAUUCAACAAUGAAAGAUCAACCCCCGAAGGAAGAAGACGUUGCUUCUUUGCUUCAAGAAUGUAGACUUCUUCGUUUGGAUGAUUUGCAGCAUGUUAAGAAUGGGACGCUUCCAAAAUCACCAGAUUGCAUUCAAAAAGUUCCCAAGAAAAUUCAUUUGUCUGACCUCCCCAAUGUGCUUGCCUUGUCUGUUGACGCUAUUGGAAUUCAUGGGGUUGUCCGCGAUGGGAAAAAGUUAAUAUACAAGUCGUAUAAUUUACAUACUGGGAAAUCUGAAAUUGAGAGUACAUUUCCAUCUGAUACGUCGGCGUUCAUGGGCAUUGAUUCGGGACUCAUUUCUUUGAACUGUAGUUCUGAUAACGACUUUAUGAGCAUUCUGAGAGAUGGGAAUGGAACAUUAUAUCCACUGGUCAAGGAUUGUUUGGAUGCAAUUAGAGAUCCUAUAUUGAUGGAUCUACCACCAAUUACAUGCCUUGGUACUGGAAUCCAUGCCUUGCCCCACGUUGGAUCACAACAGCAGAAAAACCAAGUAGGAGUUUUAGUUGUGGCAAUUGAACAACAAGUUUUAAUGAGCAAAAUUCUCCGAUGUGACGUUGAAGGAGUUCGGCAAAUAUUGGCAAAUUUGGAUCAUGAAGCUCAAAUCAAGUCAGGAAAUAGUAGCGGAUAUCUGAACAAAGUGUUAUUCGAACGGUGCGAUGGGAAUAGAAAUAUUUUUCAUGCAGUAGUUUGUAUGGCCAUGCCGAGCACUAAUAAAGAUACAGAAACUUUACCAACUCCUGCUGGAUCUGGCGGUGCAACAGGAGCUGUUAAUAUUGCAACGUCUAGUGGUGCCGCAGCGAAUGCAUUUGGAAGUGUGGACAGUAGCAAUAUUGAAAACCUUGCAAAUGUCUUGAGCUCCUCAACAGGACAAAGUGGUUCUGCAAUGUUGGAAGGCGACGACUCUAACGAAAGUACAGAGUCAAACGUUGUUUUGGGCUUUAGAGGAUUUGGCUCUAGUAGCCCUGGACCAUCUAUGCAGCAUUCCAGUUUGCCUCAAUUGAAUCAAGUUUGGGAUUCUAAUGAGAGGAUCCGAAAUGCGGUUUCUAUCUUAAAACUCAUGUGCGAUUCGAUUGCUUUGGAGCCACAUUUUCAUCAGCUUCUUGGUGAAAAGGAUUGCAAGGGACAAACACCUUUGAUGCUAGCAGUCUCAAUAAGAGCGUACCCCGCAGGACUUGCCAUAUUUGAUACAAUUUUGAAAAUUUCAAAAGAAAAAUCUACCGAUGCAGAGGUUCAGAAGAAGAUUUUGACGUCAAUGGUCUAUCCGUCGGGAUCACUACCUGAUGACUCUCCCCUUCAUGUGAUUUGUUGUAACGACACGUGCAGUUUUACUUGGACUGGUGCUGAGCACAUAAAUCAGGAUAUAUUCGAAUGUCGAACGUGUGGUUUGGUUGGAUCCCUUUGUUGCUGUACUGAAUGUGCCAGAGUUUGUCACAAGGGACACGAUUGUAAACUGAAGCGUACUUCACCUACAGCUUAUUGCGAUUGUUGGGAAAAAUGUAAAUGUAAAGCCCUUUUAAUGGGAAAUCAACAAGCACGGCACAAUUUAUUGUGCAAGCUAAUUAGCGACACUGAUUUGGUGGUAGUCAAUAAUUCCAAGGGAGAAAAUAUUUUGUUAAAUCUCGUGCAAACUGUUGGAAGACAAACAACGGAGCAGAAGCAAUAUCGUAAUAAUAGUCGCAAUCGAGCAACCAAUGUCGCCAGAAAGCCAGCUGAUGUUGAUGCCGAUAUGCCUGAUCACGAUUUACAACCUCCAAGAUUUAGUAGAACAGCUUUAGAACAGCUUCUAGACGACUGGCCUGCGGUGAGAGCAAUGAUAAUGUCUGGCUCGUGUAAUGCGAAUGUGGAUGAACAAAGUGGCACAGCAUUGUUGGAUAAAUUUACGUACAAAUUGCUUUCAAAAUGUUCUCCAGAGAUGACUGAUACACUGGUCACCACGUUAAUACGUGAGCUUCAAUCCAAAGUUUCUGGGCGACUUUCAGAUACAGAAUUGGUUGUGCGACGGUUUAUUCGAUCAGUAGCGAGAGUUUAUGUGAUUAUCAGUGUUGAAUCCGCUCCAUCAUUCAAGAAAGGAACGAUGCCUAAUCAAAUUGAGUAUUGUCGUCGUAUAUUCCAAGCUCUCGUUACCUACUCAAUUCAGGAAUUGUGUGAAAUGGCCAACUCGCAAAUUGCUCCAGUUCAGUUAGGAGUACUUCCACCGACGACUGGGAGGAUGAUAGGAUUUGCAGGUACAUCGGGACCUACAACAAGUGAGACCAUAUCGGGGAGCGAAGAACUUUUCAGUGUCGAUCCAUUACAAUCCAAUUUCGGACACACUCAACGUGAUAACGAACGAUUGUCUACUUCAGACGUAGCGCACAUUAUCAUUGAAGGAUUGGAUGACGGUACAAAUUCGUCCCGAAACGCAUCAGACUCACGAAUUCGUGUAAGUGGAUUCGCACCUUCUCAUGACGAUGGGGGUGAAACGGAAGGCGAUCAAGAUGGGGAGGAAGGAAUGGAUGAUGGGGAGCAACAUGACAAUGAAGGGGAUGGUGUAGAUGUAGACGAACAGGCACAAGGAGGAGGAGUUGAACCUAUGGCUAUCGGAGAGGCUGGCGAACAAGAGUCUGACAUGGAGCUGGAUCUUUUGGCAGAGUCAGAGAGCGACUCUGAUGAUAAUCAGAGUAAUAUCAAUGAUACGGCUAGCUCUGGUGCUCAACGAAGCAUUCAAACUCACGCAACGGGUGGGUCAGAAGCUGCUGGUGUUGCAAACUUGGCAUUGUUUUCAGAAGAUGAUUCUGAUGAAUCAACACAACAGGAGGAUGAAGAUGAGGAAGAAGAAGACUCUGAUGGAAAUGAUAGCGAUGACCGGGACACGCCGGUUACUGCAACUAGUGCGGUGGCACCCAAUAACAAUCCUGGUGCAAGUGCUCAUCCUCCUGCCCCAACUGCUGGUACAGCUGCCAACACCGCUGCAGCUGUCGACGACUUUGGAAUAAAUGAAGAACAAAUAUUUGAACGACGCAGUGGAGCAGGUGCUCUUACGGUUCAACGAGGCUCAAAUUUGGCACCAACUUCUAUGCAGUGGGCAAUCAGGACUCGGGAACCUCCUACAAUCCGAUCAAGUACUACAACAGGCUUGGUCUUUAUUGAUCAUGCAUCAGGAACAAUGCGCCGCUCUGCAAGUACUGCCGUUGCUGCUGCUGCCGCUGCUGCAGCAAAUGCUCCGGAACCUGUGACGAUGGCCACUACUGCGUCUGGAUUGGCUCGAUCUUUUGGGAUUAUUAUGAGGGAAAUUGGUGAUUUGCUCAAAUAUAUUCAAGACUACCCCAGUAUUGUACCACGUCUUCCAAGAAAGUUGGAAGUCACACAAGAUGAUGUCAACAAUCUACAGGAUUAUUUGGAUCGUCGAUUGCUCAAUGUCUGGGAAUGGCUACUUAGGGUAAUGGAUUCUACAGAGUCACAAUUAAGAUUUGGCGGCUCAUUAACUUCAUCGACGGAUCAUGUGCGACCCAAACCAGCUUCGGCUCCUCCACCAGGGCGCUUGGAAUCUCGUGCUGGACGGGAGAGGGACAAUGAAAUUGCUGCAAGAAGAGAAUUCUUAUCGUAUUCCUUGUCGCUCAUGAGAGGUCAUAAUGCUGAACAUUUGGAUAGCUUACCUGUGAUUGAUGUGUCUUCAUUUAAACAUGUCGCAUAUGUCUUCGACUCUUUAAUAUACUUUUUAAGAAGUGCAACCGAUGCCAAUGCAAUCCCCGCCGUGAGCAAAGAUGACGAAUUUGAUAAUCUAAUUGUGCACGAUCCAGAUGAACCUGAUGACAUGAGCUUCAACACAACUCAAAAUAGUUUAAGUAAUGUUGAGAUCGGGGACUUUGAUGAUGAAGCGUCACAGAACAGCACCACGGGAAAACCUUUGGGCAGACGACAUGGGUUCUUUCAAAGAUCAGAUUCAACGUUAUGUCUGGGUUGUCCUCCUCCGGAUCCAUUCCAGGGUUCUGUUGCUGAAAGUCUUCCCCUAGCAGAAAAGCCUCAUUUGUUACAACCAAAUGUUAGAAAAGAUGAACUUUUUGGAAUUCCAAAGUCAGCUGAAAAUUCUAGUUUAAUGGAAAUUAAAGCAAGCCACCUAGGACUUACAUCUCGUAAUGUAGGACCACCCAGCUAUGCUCCUCUGCUUGCCAGAAGACCUCGAGCAGUCGACCCAGUGCCGAAGGUUGAAGAUAUGGACAUUGAUCACAAGCCAAAAAGUAGUAGUCAAGCGAAACUUAAAGACUUGGACUCUAAAUUACGUGAACCGCUGCUUGAAACAUCUGCUGCUGACAAGUCAGACGAAGUUAAAAUCUCGGUAGUGGAAACUUCAGUAAUUCCAACACCAGUCGUUACACCUAUAUUAACAAAGCCUCCGCCGCUAGUUAAAAUUACUCCACCUGAAGGAUCUUCAACAAAUUUAUCGACUUCAUCAAGCGCAACAGUCUUAUCCAUACCAAAGUGGGGUAUGGGUGGACCUCCUCAAAGUGCUCCUCAAGAUUUAAGUAUUUCUGGUCGAUCGGAUGGAUCAGAUUCAGAUGUAGUUAGCCCUAAUGCACAGCGAGCACCCAUUAUUGUCUCUGCAAAACGCUUGUCUCCAACACCAUCAUCAUUUAAUGCAUCCUCUAUUUGUGGAUCCCCUUCAUCUUCGAGGGGGAGUUCUGGUGAAUCUCCAAGUGAUGGCAGACCCUUGGUUAAAAGCGUCAUUGUAUGUCAUCGUCAAUCCACUCCGGGAAAUGAAUCGGUUAGUAGCGGGACGCCUGAAAUUGUCAUUGUCCCAGUUGAUACAGAAGCAACAUCAGAAAUCACCUCUUCUAGGACAGCACCAAACUUGAAACUUCCAACAUUAACUCCGGUGUCUAGCAAAUCGUUGGAGUCGGUAUCUACAUCACCCACAACAACUCAUCAGCAGCUCAUACUUUACAAUCCAUCCAUGAUAUCUGAUGACGUUUUGCUUGGAAGAUGGAGACUGACAUUGGAAGUGUUUGGACGAGUAUUUGUUGACGACGUUGGGCUAGAACCAGGCUCUGUAAUUUCAGAGUUGGGUGGCUUCCCUGUGAAGGAAAAUCGGUUUAGACGAGAAAUGGAGAAAAUAAGAAACGCACAGCAAAGGGACUUGACACUCUCAAAACUAGAUCGUGAUCGAAAUCAGCUUCUCAUUCAAACCUUUAAAGAACUAAACAAUCAUUACAACUCGGCUCAUCGUCGUGCUACACCCCCUCAUCCACCAUUGGCUGUGAGCAGAGUAAAGGUGACGUUUAAAGAUGAACCUGGGGAGGGGUCUGGAGUUGCUCGAAGUUUUUAUACAGCAAUCGCAGAGGCUAUUUUGUUGGACGAACGUUUGCCCAGCCUUGAAGGGUGUUUGAUCGGAAGUAAAUAUAGUUCUCAAUUUAACGUACUGCAGCGCUUGAGACUUCGAGACUCUGUUCGAGAUGACUAUCUUCGUAGGGGUCAACAAGUACGAAUUGUAAAGAGAGGAGCUCCAAGAGUACGUGAAGUGCGAAGAAACUUAUCGUUUGAUGCCAGACCUUUUCAUCCUUCGUCGAGCAGUGGAGAGGGUACAUCCAAUCCUUCAACAUUAAACGAUCAUUUAUCCAAUCAUCAGCAGCAAAUUGGAGAACGACUUUACGUUAAGAUUCACGCUAUUCGGCCAAAUUUAGCACCAAAAAUUACUGGAAUGCUGCUGGAACUUCCCCCGCCUCAAUUACUCAUUCUGCUAGCUUCAGAAGACACCUUGAAGCAGCGCGUAGAUGAAGCGGUGGACAUUAUUCUCGCGCAUUCACGAGAUAUUUCUGGAGAAGCACUUUUAGAUUUGGAUGUAUUUAACUUUUCAAAAAAUUCAAGUGGAACUACCACUGGAUCGGUGCCAAAGAAGACUGCAACCGCUGAAGGAGAAGAGACUUGUGAUGAUGACAAUAGUCCAUUGUUUUACCAACCUGGAAAGAGAGGAUUCUCUUCUCCACGUCUUGGCAAACCAACUGCUGAACGUCUUAAUGCUUUUCGAAAUGUUGGACGAAUUAUUGGUCUUUGUCUUCUUCAGAAUGAACUCUGUCCUCUGUUUCUAAAUCGUCAUGUAUUGAAGUUUAUUUUGGGAAGACCUAUAAAGUUUCACGAUAUGGCUUUCUUCGAUUCUACAAUGUACGAGAGUUUUAGGCAACUUAUACUUGACGCUGAAAAUCGGGAUGGCGAUCGGAUUUUUUCAGCCAUGGAAUUAACAUUUAGUUUGGAUUUAUGCUCGGAAGAAGGGGGUCGCAGCGUUGAAUUAGUUCCUGGUGGACGUAAUAUUGAAGUUAACGAACACAACGUCUACGACUAUGUGCGAAAGUAUGCUGAAUAUAGAAUGGUGCGAUCGCAAUACAAGUCCCUAGAAGAAAUUAGAAACGGAGUUCUUGAUGUUCUUCCGCCUUCUGGCUUAGAUGGUUUAACUUCAGAAGACUUGAGACUGUUGCUGAACGGAGUGGGAGACAUCAAUGUUUCAACAUUGAUAUCUUAUACAUCUUUCAAUGACGAGAGUGGAGAACCUGGCGAUAAACUCACUCGAUUUAAGAAAUGGCUCUGGUCAAUUGUGGAGAAAAUGAGUAAUUUAGAACGACAAGAAUUAGUAUAUUUCUGGACCGGCUCCCCUGCCUUACCAGCAUCAGAAGAUGGUUUCCAACCCAUGCCCACAGUUACGCUUCGUCCCGCUGAUGAUAACCACCUUCCUACAGCAAACACAUGUAUCUCUCGUCUCUACAUCCCACUAUAUUCCUCCCGGUAUAUUCUUCGAAGCAAAUUGUUGAUGGCAAUUAAAACUAAAAAUUUUGGCUUUGUUUAACGUUUUUCGAAUUAUAAUUUAUAAUUGAAAGCUGCAGGAUAAUAUAUAUAUAUAUCUUACUUCAUUUAUGUGUAAUAUAAUUUAUUGUGAAGAAUAAUCCUUAAAAGCUAUAUUUCUCAAAUUCUUCAGAAUUCACUCUUUUCUGACAAUAUUAAAUAUGCACAUUGUGUUACAGAGGAAAAGAAAUUGUAUGAAAGUGCAAGUUUUGAAAAUAGUAGCUAAUUGUAUUCAUCCAGUAAAUAUAACAUUUAUGUAUAAUUUUUAGUUAACUACACAUUUAUCACAUUUUUGUGAUAAUUUAUAAAGUAUCCGUAUCGCUAGAUUUAAUAAUGAUAAUUAAUUUUCUUACGCACUUAUUGUGUAUGAAAAGCAAAAGUCACAUCUCCUAUUGCUUUAUUGACUGAGCUACAAAAUAAUAAUGAAGAAUAAAGUGAUUUUAUUCAUGCGAAAAUCAAAAAUAUUGGCCAUACA